UCCGUAGUGAGAGCUAGGGCACACCCCUCAAGACAUUCAUUGAAUGUUUUCAAAAAAUAGCUUUCACGGUUUUUACUAAAACCCUCUUUCUUGUCCUGUAACGUCAGUUCUCCACUUAACCAUCGUCGUAUUCUUACGUCUCUUCAAGAACCGAGAUGACAAGCAACGCCCCCUCUCUUGCUAUGGAUGCCGUCCUCAAGCCCUCUUGCGACCUGCCGGAGGACAUGACCAAAAUCAAAGGCUAUGACUUCAACCAGGGCGUAGACCUCCAUGCAGUGUUGAAGUCCUACCUCACCACAGGCUUCCAGGCCAGCAAUUUGGGCUUGGCCAUCCAGGAGAUCAACCGCAUGAUAGAGAAGCGUCUUGAGCCAGUGGAGACAGAGUCUAAAGAGUCUGGCGACUCAUUCCACACCUCAGGCUGCACCAUCUUUUUGGGCUACACCUCCAACCUCAUCAGCUCUGGUGUCAGAGAGAGCAUCCGCUAUUUGGCAGAGCACAAAAUGGUGGAUGUGAUUGUUACCACUGCUGGAGGCAUUGAGGAGGACUUGAUCAAGUGUCUGGCUCACACAUACUUGGGAGAAUUCAGCCUGCCUGGCAAGGAUCUUCGUCUGAAAGGGAUUAACAGGAUAGGGAAUCUAUUGGUGCCCAAUGAUAACUACUGUAAGUUUGAAGACUGGCUGAUGCCCAUCCUGGAUCAGAUGUUGUUGGAGCAGAACACAGAGGGAACUCGUUGGACCCCCUCCAAAAUGAUUCAUCGCCUUGGCAAGGAGAUCAAUAAUACGGAGUCUGUCUGCUACUGGGCGUACAAAAAUGAUAUUCCAGUGUUCAGUCCUGCUCUGACGGACGGCUCUCUGGGAGACAUGAUCUACUUCCAUUCUUUUAAGAACCCUGGCUUGGUCUUGGAUAUAGUUGAAGAUAUUCGUGGGAUGAACAAUAAGGCAGUGUUUGCCAAAAAAUCAGGAAUGAUCAUUCUGGGAGGAGGGCUGAUCAAACAUCACAUAGCCAAUGCAAAUCUCAUGAGGAAUGGAGCCGACUACGUGGUGUUUGUGAACACGGGUCAGGAGUAUGAUGGCUCUGACUCUGGGGCCAGACCCGACGAGGCCGUAUCCUGGGGCAAGAUCAGAACAGAUGCAAAACCUGUCAAGGUGUAUGCAGAUGCCUCUUUAGUCUUCCCUCUGAUAGUGGCAGAGACCUUCGCUCUCCAUGCUGACAAGCUGACUGCUGACAAGAAAAGUGACUAAAUGGCUGCCUCCUUAACCGCUGUUUGAAACACUGACCACCUCAUUUGCCCAGUAUAUAUACGGAGUCGGUCUUCUGAACUUUCCCAGUGGAUACCCAUGGUCAUGACUUAGCGCCUGUAAGAAGCAACAUCACGGUGUUGUCACACGUGCGAUGCUGCAAGUUAUAAAACUGUAUUUUAAGGGGAUGUGGUGCUGAGGGCGUCCUGUCUUAAUACCUUCAAUGCCAAUAUUGGCAGGUUUAAACAUGUACACUUUUUUGUCUUCACUAUCUACGGCAGCUGAAAUCGCAUGGUAGCAGGAUAUAGCAUGCACCGAGAAGACCGGCAAGAAUGCAUCGAAAUGUAGCUGAACUGUGUUUCUGGAUGUGUAAAGAGAGGGAGAGAGAGAGAGAGAGAGAAGGCACAUGAGAGGGAACACUUCCAUUUAGUGCUGUUUUGUUUAGCCAUGUUUUUGGUUUUUAUUUACCUCACUUUUCAAGGAUGAAAGAUGUGCCUGUGUAGCUCAAAAAAAAGAAAUCAUGAUUAUUCAGUGGGGUUUUAAUCGGCUAUUACAAAUAGCCUGUGUGUAGUGAGGGUGUGUGCGUGUGUGAUAAGGCCAUGAGGUUAUAGGACUGUGUGACAAUGACUUUCACUUGAUUAUGUUUGGAGUAUGUUUUGGUUUCUUGUAUAAAAUAAUUGCCAUGUAUGUUUUUGCUGACCUAUGAUCUAAAUUAAAAAUAUAAAGUUA